GGUGCCUGUCUGGCACGUUAACAAUUUCUGUUUGGCAAAUGGAAGCUAGUGUAUCUCAGCCAAGCUUACCUACCUAGGUAGCCUCGACCUCAAGUGAACCCCCGUCCAACCUUCAGCCUUGUUUUGGGGAGGUCAGGUCAAGCCAUAACCAUAUACCGACAUCAAAUUCCCUAGAGCAGGCGAGCCUUUUGUACUGACGACUUCAUCUACGGACUUGUGACUUCCAUCGUUCAACAAACCAAACACUACGAUACCCUUACGAUUCUUACGGCACAAACAAUCCAGUCUCACUCGACGUGGUCUCUCACCUUUCAUUCACUCACCUGCUACACCUUUGGGCUCACACGUCUCGCGAGGCUACAACCUGGCGCGCAUUGCCUUACUGGCCUGCAUUGACCACAUUUCCUCACAAACCAGGUGAGGGUCAUCUUUUCCCACCUGUAUCACAGUUCCCUGGGCUCUCGGCACAGCCCCCGUCUCAUUCACCAACGAUGGAGGAGCAAACACAACAUCAGGAGAAUCCGGCGCAGGAGACUGCCGCGCCCAGCGACAACACCCCUGCCACAGCGCCGGAAACCGUCGUCCCUCACCAUCCUCUACCCGAUACCUCCAACGGCUUUGACCCCAGCAUGCAAGCCGCGCCCAUGAACCAGGUGCUUCCUGAAGCCCUACAGGAGGUCAUCCCCGGAGGCAUGCCCACUGGAGACCUGCCCCCCAACAUGCUUCCGGGAAUGUUCCAAGCGGCCCAGAUGUUCAUGCCGGAGCUUUUGCAACAACAAGGUGCACAAGUUUAUGACCAAAGUGGCGUUCUUCAAGGUCUUCCUGUUGCCGCUGCUCCGGCCAUAAGCGCAGAUGAGAUUGCGCUCUAUGACCGUCAGAUCCGCCUUUGGGGCAUGAAGGCCCAGGAGAAGAUCCGCAACGCAAACAUCCUCCUCAUCACCAUGAAGGCACUCGCGAACGAAAUUGCCAAGAACCUCGUCCUCGCCGGUAUCGGAUCCCUGACCAUCCUCGACGGCGCUGCCGUCUCGGAAUCGGACCUGGGCUCGCAGUUCUUCCUCUCUGAAACGGAGAACCACGUCGGUCAAAACCGCGCACAAGCCGCAGCCGCCGCCAUUCAGAAACUCAACCCCCGUGUGCAGGUGCACGUCGAUGCCGAGGGAAUCAAGUCCAAGGGCACGAGCUACUUCUCUGGCUUCGACAUCGUCAUCGCCACCGACCUGGACCCCGACUCCCUCAACAUCAUCAACACCGCCACCCGCCUGCACCAGAGAUCGUUUUACGCCGCCGGCACGCAUGGCAUGUACGGCUUCAUUUUUUCCGACCUGAUCGAGCAUGACUACGUCAUCGAGAGAGACCUCGGCAAUGUCGCGACAAAGCUGGCGCCCGAGACGAGAACCCGGAGCGUCGUCGCCGUCAACACAAAGAAGGAGGGCGGCAAGACGAUCGAGGUGGUGACGAAGCGUGAGCUCUACUCGACAUGGUACCUCGCCAGUGACGGUGCUACCCUGCCCGAGGAGUACGCAAAGAGCGCGAGGAGAAAGAAGGCGGUCAGCCCCGUCAUCUCCUGCCUGCGGGCACUAUGGGAUUUCCAAGUCCUCAACAGCGGCCGGCUCCCUAGUCACACCAAGGAGGACCUCGGGCUGUUCACGAAGCUUGCCACGGCCAAGCACGCCCAGCUGGGCCUUCCGUCCGAAACUCUGCGAUCCGAGGUCCUGCGUAGCUUCCUACAGAACAUUGGCAGUGAGAUGGCCCCCAUCACCGCCAUCCUCGGCGGCCAGCUGGCGCAGGAUGUCAUCAACGUCCUCGGCCAGACCCAGCAGCCCAUCCAGAAUAUGGUCAUCUUCGAUGGUAACAGCAUGGAGGCAUCGGUUCUCCCGCUGCACCCCGUUGGCGAACUGGGCCGUGGCCUGCUGUCACUCGCCGCCCCCGGCGGCCUCGUCCAGAACGGAGGAGGCAUGGUUCCCGGCGACCCCAGCAUGAUGAUGAGUAUGGACGGCGCUAUGGACUUCAACAACCAUAUCCUUACACAGUAGCCCUAUGCACUCGUUCGGUCUACUUCUGCAGUCUGUACAACAGUUUGGCUCGCGCCGGAGGUUAGGGAGUUGAGAUACAGUGUUCCCCAUCUCGACACCCUUUUUGCCGGUUCGGAAAAAUAUGGCUUGCACACAUGUAAUAUUAGCUACACUGUAAUCAAACAAGAUUGGCCCAAUUGUGCUCGUUGCUUGAAACUUGGCUUUUGCCGCCGAGUUUCCUAUGCUGAGUCACAUAAAGCUCCAUGAAUGUCCUAUAGUACCCGGCUGCGUCCACUUCACCC